UUGCCUAGUUAAAUAAAAUACAAAUAGAGUGGUCACUCUCAUUUGUUUCUAGAAGUAGCUGGCCAAUGUUAGCUUGGGUGCUUGACUGCCCUUGUAAGGUCAGAAAGAUCAAAUCAACCCUACUCCUCGCCUGAGCAUCCAGUGUUUGCUCCGAAAGCGAAACGCUCUGAAUUUACGAGCGCACUCCAGAUUACAUUUAAGAACACGCACGAAGUUGUAAAAUGUCUAACUAGUAAUUUGUUAUGCUAACUAGCUAGCAAGAGGUUUCAUAGCAACAGCAUCAACUUCUGGUAGACUGCCGAAGAGCUAGUACACUCAACUGAAAUGAUACUGUUCGUUUACAGUAUACUAAAAUGAACUAAUGGUAUGUUAAGUUUGUAGUAUACAGUAUGUUAGUAUGGUUAUUCGAACACAUGGUUUGGCUACAUGUCAUGAUAGGAUGAUUACAAUGUAUUCCCUUUACAUUCCGGGUUAUGGGCUUUAGUUUUUUUGUCCAUUAUUUGAUGGAGGAAUUAUAUUUAUUUUCUCUGAUCUUAUUUUCGAUUUAGAGCAAAACACUUGCGUGAACUGUUGGAAUAAUGGAAAUAGUAUAAUUAUUCUAAUUCUAUAGUUAGAAUAUAGUAGUGGCCACUUUGAAUACAGAUAGUAUUUGACAUGACAACGAAUGAAAAUGCCACGGAGGCGUUAUUGUGACAGGGUAGGAAACAAAUAGUUUGUGUUUCCACAAUUUCCACAAUGGUGGAUACAUUUAUUACAUCCAAUUUUUAAUUAUUAAAGUGGCUAGAGAUUUGAGUCAGUAUGUUGGCAGCAGCCACUGAAUGUUAGUGAUGGCUGUUUAACAGUCUGAUGGCCUUAAGAUAGAAGCUGUUUUUCAGUCUCUCGGUCCCAACUUUGAUGCACCUGUACUGACAACGCCUUUUGGAUGAUAGCGGGGUGAUCAGGUAGUGGCUCGGGUGGUUGUUGUCCUUGAUGAUCUUUUUAUUCUUCCUGUGACAUCGGGUGGUGUAGGUGUCCUGGAGGGCAGGUAGUUUGGCCCCGGUGAUGCAUUGUGCAGAGCUCACUACCCUCUGGAGAGCCUUACGGUUGUGUGCGGGGCAGUUGCCGUAACAGGCGGUGAUACAGCCCAACAGGAUGCUCUCGAUUGUGCAUCUGUAAAAGUUUGAAUGUUUUUGGUGACAAGCCAAAUUUCUUCAGUCUCCUGAGGUUGAAGAGGCGCUGUUGCGCCUUCUUCACAAAGCUGUCUGUGUGGGUGGACCAUUUCAGUUUGUCCGUGAUGUGUGUGCCGAGGAACUUAAAGCUUUCCACCUUAACCACUACUGUCCAGUCGAUGUGGAUAGGGGGGUGCUCCCUCUGCUGUUUCCUGAAGUCCACGAUCAUCUCCUUUGUUUUGUUGACGUUGAGUGUGAGGUUAUUUUCCUGACACUACACUCUGAGGGCCCUCACCUUCUCCCUGUAAUCCGCCACGUAGUUGUUGUCAAGCCUACCACUGUAGUGUCGUCUGCAAACUUGAUGAUUGAGUUGGAGGCGUGCAUGGCCACGCAGUCAUGGGUGAACAAGGAGUACAGCAGAGGGCUGAGAACGCACCCUUGUGGGGCCCCAGUAUUGAGGAUCAGCGGGGUGGAGAUCUUGUUUCCUACCCUCACCACCUGGUGGCGGCCCGUCAGAUAAUCCAGUACCCAGUUGCACAGGGCGGGGUCAAGACCCAGGGUCUCGAGCUUAAUGACGAGUUUGGAGGGUACUAUGGUGUUAAAUGCUGAGCUGUAAUCGAUGAACAGCAUUCUUACUUACAGUUGAAGUUGGAAGUUUACAUACACCUUCGCCAAAUACAUUUAAACUCAGUUUUGCCACAAUUCCUGACAUUUAAUCCUAGUUGAAAUUCCCUGUCUUAGGUCAGUUAGGAUCGCCACUUUAUUUUAAGAAUGUGAAAUGUCAGAAUAAUAGUUGAGAAUGAUUUAUUUCAGCUUGUAUUUCUUUCAUCACAUUCCCAGUGGGUCAGAUGUUUACAUACCCUCAAUUAGUAUUUGGUAGCAUUGCUUUUAAAUUGUUUAACUUGGGUCAAACGUUCCGGGUAGCCUUCCACAAGCUUCCCACAAUAAGUUGGGUGAAUUUUGGCCCAUUCCUCCUGACAGAGCUGGUGUAACUGAGUUAGGUUUGUUGGCCUCCUUACUCGCACAUGCUUUUUCAGUUCUGCCCACACAUUUUCUAUAUUAUUGAGGUCAGGGCUUUGCGAUGGCCACUCUAAUACCUUGACUUUGUUGUCCUGAAGCCAUUUUGCCACAACUUUGGAAGUAUGCUUGGGGUCAUUGUCCACUUGGAAGACCCAUUUGUGACCAAACUUUAACUUCCUGACUGAUGUCUUGAGAUGUUGUUUCAAUAUAUCCACAUAAUUUCCCUCUCCAUGAUGCCAUCUAUUUUGUGAAGAGCACCAGCCUCUCCUGCAGCAAAGCACCCCCACAACAUGAUGCUGCCAUCCCGUGCUUCACGGUUGGGAUGGUGUUCUUUGGCUUGCAAGCCCCUUUUUCAGCAGUUGUGGCUGCUUUGUGUGAUGUAUUGUUGCCUCUUGUGCUGUUGUCUGUGCUCAAUAAUGUUUGUACUAUGUUUUGUGCUGCUACCAUGUUGUCAUGUUGUGUUGCUACCAUGCUGUGUUGUCAUGUGUUACUGCCUUGCUAUGUUGUCUUAGGUCUCUCUUUAUGUAGUAUUGUGUUGUCUCUCUUGUUGUGAUGUGUGUUUUGUCCUAUAUUUAUAUUUAUAUUGUAUUUCUUAUUAAUUUUUAAUCCCAGGCCCCCGUCCCCACAGGAGACCUUUUGCCAUUUAGUAGGCCGUCAUUGUGAAUAAGAAUUUGUUAUUAACUGACUUGUCUGCUGUAGUUAAAUAAAGGUAAAAUAAAUAGAAAAUAUGUAAAAAAUCCACAGAUUACACAAUCUCUUUUGCACACUACCCUCUCCCACCUGGACAAAAGGAACACCUAUGUGAGAAUACUAUUCAUUGACUACAGCUCAGCGUUCAACACCAUUGUGCCCUCAAAGCUCAUCACUAAGCUAAGGACCCUGGGACUAAACGACUCCCUCUGCAACUGGAUCCUAGACUUCCUGACGGGCCGGCCGUAGGUGGUAAGGAACAAACUACUUCUCACCAUUCUUAGUUUGCUGCAAUGACAUCAAAAGAGGAUGCUGCUGAGUUUGUGGAUAGACACAGGGCUGAGCUCAUCCAGAGGGUUCGCAAGGUGAUGCCCAUAGCAGAUGAUCUGCUCAGAAGGGGCAUGAUCCAAUAUGAAAUGUUUGCUAAUAUUUCAACUUCCAAGACCAACCCAGGCAAGAUGAGAGAGGUGUACAAAGCAUUGCAGUCAGGAGGGACACCACUUAAAGCAGCCUUCUAUAGGAUUCUGCUGAAAAAUGAACGUCUUCUGGUCAUCAAUCUGGCUGCUGAGUUUGUGGAUAGACACAGGGCUGAGCUCAUCCAGAGGGUUCGCAAGGUGAUGCCCAUAGCAGAUGAUCUGCUCAGAAGGGGCAUGAUCAAUCCUGAGGUGUACUCUAAUAUUCAAACUACCAAUACCAGCCAGGACGAGAUGAGAGAGUUGUACAAAGCCGUACAGUCAGGAGGGCCAGAAGUUAAAUCAGCCUUCUACAGGAUUCUGCUGAAAGAGGAACCUCAUCUGGUCAUCGAUCUGGGUCCUGCAUUACCUCCUGCCUCCAAUAUAUUUCCUGGGACUGGAGUUAAACCUGCUGCACUUGCAUCAGACGAGGAAUCGGUUGGAAAGAUCAGAUACUACACCAAUAACUAUCUUGGAAAAGGUGCCGAUGGAAUUGUGUUCAGGGGUUACUUCCAUUGUGAUGAUGUCAACAAGCGUCCUGCGGCAGUGAAGAGAAUUGAACUAGCAAAACAAAGCAAUGCUGAUCGAGAGGUCGCUUUGCUUCUUCAAUUGGACGACAAUCCCCAUGUCGUCCGUUACUUCUGCACUGAGAAGGACGGGCAAUUCCUAUACAUUGCCAUCGAGCUGUGUGCCGUCUCUUUGGAUAAGUGUUUUACUAAAGAAAAUCCUUUUGACCUUCGCGGACUGAACCCAGUGAUGCUGCUGCAGCAGACCAUGAUAGGACUGGAACACCUGCACUCUCACAGCAUAGUCCACCGUGACGUGAAGCCCCACAACAUCCUGUUGAAAGACCAUUCUGACUCAGUCACGGUCAAGAUCUCAGACUUUGGGAUGAGUAAGCAGUUAGCGGACGGCAGACAAAGCUACAGCAUGAGGUCGGGAGCUCUUGGCACCAUGGGCUGGAAUGCCCCAGAGGUCCUGGAUGACAGCAGGAAAGUAAACCCUACCAGUGCUGUGGACAUCUUCUCUGCCGGCUGUGUGUUUUACUAUGUGUUGACAGGAGGAGAACAUCCAUUUGGAAAACCCUAUCGGCAGACUGCUAAUAUCAUGGAUGGCAAAUACAACCUUAACGGAUUACAGAAAGACAAACAUGAGGACAUCGUGGCCACAGACCUGAUAGAACAGAUGCUGAACAUGGAGCCCCAGAGGAGGCCUUCUGCUGAGAGCGUGCUCAAACACCCCUUCUUCUGGAGCCUGGAGAAACAACUGAUGUUCUUCCAGGACGUGAGUGACAGUAUUGUAAAUGAGACAUCGGAUGGUCCAAUCAUACAGCAGCUAGAGUCAGGGGGACAGGAAGUGGUGAGGAAUAACUGGAUGGAACACAUCACAGCAGUUCUGCAGAAAGAUCUAGAAAAACGUAAAGGAGCAUAUGAAGAGGACUCUGUUAAAAGUCUUCUACGUGCCAUAAGAAACAAGAAACACCAUUACCACGAUUCUCCUAAGGAGGUCCAGAAGACUCUGGGCUCCAUCCCUGAUGACUUUGUCUCCUACUUCACCUCCCGCUUCCCCCACCUGCUGCUGCACACCUUCCUCGCCGUGCGUUCCUUUGCUGAGGAGCUGACUUUACAACAUUAUUACCUCAAGUCCAACACAAAACUUAGACGGCAGAAGAGAACACACCCAGAGCCUGACCUGACGACAACCAAGCCAACAACUAAAAAAAUGUGACCAUAGUGUGAAGUCAGGCGCUCCGCUGAGAAGUACUCCAUCCCACACCAGCAAACCUCCAAUUUAUGUCAGUACACUGUAAUGUCAUGGUUCUUUUUACAUGAACAAUAUUGGUUUGUCUGAAGAAGAAGCAAUCACUUUAACUUGUAUGCAGAUGACACUGUUGUGUAUGCUAUUUCACCGAUGGCUGACCAGGUUCUGUCAGAGCUUUAAUCUGCCUUUAUUGUCUUGCCGAAAGCCUUUAUUAACUGAAAUUGUUACUUAAUUAAUGCAAGGUAAAACCAAGUAUAUAUUAUAUUUUAAUCACGUAAAAAUGUAUCUGAUGACUUAUGCAUACGUACAUUGGAUGGUGCCCUCAUUGAUUAUGUCCCCAACUAAUCAAUAUAUAGGCAUCUGGAUUGAUGAUUGUCCUUCAAAAAGAAUGUUGAUGAGUUCGUUAAAGGUGCAAUAUGUAGAAAUCACUCUGUCAUUCCUGGUUUCUUAAAUUGCAAUAGUUUGCCUAAUUUCAGUUUGUGACAAAACAAGUAAUAUACUGUAUAGUGUAGAGAAUCAUUGCACCAUCUAAACUGUGGUGAAAUAUCUCUUCAAUAGUAAGAAUAUUGUAUUUCCAGGUGUUUGAAGCUGGUGUACAAAACUGAAAGUAAAAGGAGUAAAAAUGAAACUAAAGAACGGGAAGCAUAUAAAUAGUGCACAUAGAACAUCUACAGCUUGUUAGACUUGCUGUCAAUGGGAAUGACAGAUCGAUAACUCACAUUUCUAUGUGAAUUUGGUCAGGUCACCCAAAAAGUGACAUAUUGCAGCUUUAAAACGUGAAGGUAGUCCGAAAUGUGUAUGAUUAUCUUGUAUUCUUUAUUUAUUGAAGAGGGUUCUGUUCAUUUCCUGGUCUGAGAAUUGAUGGGCAAGCAGUGGUGCAUUCGACUGCAUAGUUAUUGAAUGGGACGGGUAAUGUGGUAGUAGCCUAUCCCGGGGGAUGUACAUGUUUAUAUCCCAGGUUGUAUUCAUGCUUAAAGCAGGGGAAGCCCCUUUAUUGAUAUGUGUGCAUGUAUACUGUAUGUUCAAGUAUGUUUAUGAUCUGAAGACAUUUAUAUUGUAAUUCAUGUCUUUUGAAUGUUGAUUGAGUGUGUGAAAUGCCUUGUUUUUAUUGGUUAAAUGCAUUAUGGGUAGGAGUAUAAGAACCCUGUAUUCUCAUGGUUUUAGAGACAGACAGGGUAAGGUCUAUUUAUUUGAUUGUGUAAAUAAUUGUACAGUUUGCCGGCUCUUUAUCCUCACUUUGCAAAUAAAAGCCUCACUCUGAGCAGGAAAAAUCA